AUGUUACCACGCUCAACGAAGACGUUUGCUUUUAGAGGUUGUUUUGAGACUUCAAAGCGCAAUUCUUUGCGGAAAUACCCUUCUUCUACAUACCGUCCUUGGUUAUUUUGUCGCCAACACGGCCUUUAUCCUCAUACCCACAAACAUACUCAUGAAGAUGACAAGAAUUAUGUUGAAUUCGUCAAAGCAUUAAAACAAAAAAAGCAAACACCAGAAGUACGAAUGACCUGGUGGGGUCUAUAUAGUAACAUUGCAUUAAUGGCUGCUAAAGGGACCGGUGGAUUGGCUCUGCAAUCGAACAUUUUACUUGCUGAUGCUGCUCAUCAGUUAGGAGAUAUGAUUUCCGAUCUGGUAACCUUGUUUACUUUGAAAAUUUGUAACAAAAAACCUACUCGAGAUUAUCCAACAGGCUAUGGGAAGUGGGAAACGUUGGGUACAUUUAGCGUUUCUGGCUUGCUUCUUGCCGUGUCAGUAGGGAUUGCAAAUUCUUCCUUCAGUCGAUUGUAUACGAUAUUUUUGCAAGGUUCAACUACGCACAAUUCCGUAGAUGCAGCAGCUACAAAUGCCCAUUUAGGACAUUCACAUGAUUACUCUGAGUUGAUUUUGCAUCAUCCUUUCAUGGCAAUGGGAAUAGCGUUUGGAAGCAUUGUUUUAAAGGAGUGGUUAUUUCAAAGAACAAAAGAAGUUGCAAGAGCUACGAGUUCUAAUCUGCUGAUGGCCAAUGCGUGGCAUCAUCGUGCAGAUGCAUUAACUGGCCUAGCGUCACUUGCUGCACUUUCCGGCGCAUAUUUAUUGAAUGCUCCGUGGUUGGAUCCUCUUUUUGGGUGCUUAGUCAGUAUAGUUGUCUUUCGAGCUGGUUUUGCUUCUUCAAGUAAAGCAUUACAUCAAAUGCUAGAUAAAGCCCCGUCUACAAAUCUACAUACAACCGUUGUUGAUGUGCUAUCGAAAAAAGCAGAUUUUCCUCACAAGGUUGCUAUGACCUUGGGAAAUACACAUGCAAUUCAUGUCAUUUUGUCAAUGGCACCAGAUUUAACAAUCCAAGAGACAUCAAAGCUGGUGAAAUUGGCUGAAGAUAUCAUUUUGGACGCCAUGCCCGCUUUGUCAAGUUGUAUUGUUACACCCCUCUCUUCCACAUCAGAACAGAUCCAGGAUUGGAAAAAAUUGAGGCCCGUAACAGAGCAUCAUGAACCCCAACACUAA